UUUAUUCAGCUGAUAUAUCUGAGGUAUUUGCAUGGAAUUGAUGAAUAUUCCGGGCCGAGCAAUCUCUUUGUUGAGAAAAAGUACGACAACAGUGUGCGACUGAAGUGGACAUUGACGUCAACUUGCUACGAAAGAACCAAAAUCACUUUAUCUGCUAAAUCAGAGAAUGGAGAAAAGUUUUCACGUAUCAUUGAUGAGGAUGCCGAUCACUUUGACCUAACAGGACUCGAACCAGGAACAACUUACAAUUUGUCUUUUAUUACAGAAUACGGAGAACAGAAAAGCAAUCCAGUAUUUUUAGUUUUCAGAACAUCGUUAACAAAAACAUCUGCUGCUCUGACUGCUGGUGGUAUUGCAGGGAUAUCCAUAGCAAUGAUUCUUAUACCUGGGAUUAUAAUUGGUGGUAUGAUCGCGUGGAAAAAAUGGAAAAGUUGCUUUAGGUAUAAAGAACAGACAUAUGAGAAGAAAAUGGCUGAUGAAGACUCAUUAUCUGUAAGAUAA